CCAAGCAGGCCGUAGCAGAUAUGAAGUCGCCUCAUUUUUACAGUCGGAUGCGAGUGGAGACAAGAUCAGCUACAAAGAAACGCAUCCGGAUAGAUGCUUACAUGCACUUGAACAGACUGGGGUGAUGAACAUAUAAGAGAGCCAUUCCACAUAUGACGGCUACAUGCAAUGUUUUAUUAGUGGAUGUGACCCAGUUUGAUGUGCGUUAGCUGCGGUGCAGAAGGAAGUGAUGCGAGACGUUAACCUCAAGAGAACGUGCAUUUCUGCAUUGCUGCUCCUGGGGUGAUUUGUAACGUCACGCACAAAGGCUGGAUCACUGUCUCUUGUCAUCGUGAGGGAUUGUUCUGAGCCACUUUGACAUUCACCAUAUUCAAAUGGACGGUUCUGGUGAAAAAGAUAUUGAAGCAAACCCAACAGGUAGUGAGGCGAUGGAACUUCCUGUUGUGACUCAACCUGGCCUCGGAGUGACCACCACGACAGUGACCACCAUCACUCAAACAGGAGGAGACUGGAGCUCAGGGCUGUUUAACGUGUGUGGUGACACCAGCACAUGUCUGAUGGGUGCGUUUGUGCCAUGCUGUUUGGACCUGAGCCUGGCUCAUCAGUAUGGAGAAUGCAUGUGUCUGCCUCUGCUACCUGGCUCUACGUUUGCCAUGAGGGUGGGCAUUCGAGAGCGCUUUAAAAUCAGGGGCAGCGUGUGUGAGGACUGGACUACAGUAUAUUGCUGCUACCCUCUGGCCCUCUGUCAAAUGAUCAGAGAGAUGAAGAGGAGGCUGAAGACACAGAUCUACACUGUUUCUACCGCGCUGGAGAGCUCCUGAGAAACUGUGUGUGUACACAGCUCAGAUUUUCUUCUCAUCUGUGUUUUUGGUGAUGCUAAAAGACUGAAGGGCCGUCUCAGCUGUCAGGAUGUUUAUUACCCGGGGUCCUGAACUUCACGCAGGGUUAGACAUAUCAGUAACUCUCUGCUUGAAGAUUGAUGCCGCUGACAUUUCAAACUGACGGAGAGAUGGAGUGACAGAUGGGUGGAGAGACGGAUGAGUGGAGAAGAGCUUUCUGAUGGCUUCUGGGACUGUGUAUGCUUUGAUUUCAGAUUGCUCUCUCACGGUACAUAUAAAUAUAUAGGUUUCCCUACGUGGAUUCAGUCUGGAUUGUCUCUUUUCUUAAUCGUGUUUCAAACUCUCUCAUUUCAUCUAAAAAAUAAAGUGUAUUAUAAAUA